AUGGGUGUCGUUCCUCGUCUGCGCUCACCAGAUAUUGAAAUGCAGAGCACUCCCGAGUCUCAGUCUGGUUCAACCCUGAGAGUACAAGAAGGAAAAGAUGCUUUCAAUGAUCCAUAUUCAGCUGAAAGGUUGACUAAUGUGAACAUCAACAAUUGUGAUUUAACUUUCCGGGCCAAAAUCCGUCUGAUAGUGGACAAUCACUUCGAGUUGAGUGAUUAUUCAAAGUCAAUCAAGCUGGCCCACAGGCUGGCUACAAGGGGCCUUGCAGCACAAUUGUUCACUAGGUUCGAUGAGCAUCAAAAGUGGGAGGACUACAUGAUUAAAUCGAUGAAUAAAAUGAAACUUGGCCUUCGGAUAGCUCCACCGCCAGAAAGUUGGGUGCGCGAGAUUGACAUCUUACAUCAUCAUAUCACCGACAUAUUACAUGAUGACAAUCGCUAUAGCUUAUGUCCAGACUUGCAUAACGAGUUCAGCGAUCUGCUAACAAGAAAGCUAGAUGCUUGUCUUCGUGAACACCUCUUGCAACUCAAGUUACUCUACACGCGUGAGUAUCAAGGUGUAUGGUGGAGGUUCUACCUUAAAAAAACAUACGCGUUUCCUAAAUUGGCCUCAGUACGACAAGCUGUUGUCAGUGGUCAGAAUAUUCCCGUCUUUGUUAUCGUGUUUUGCUUCUUCUGGCUCAUUUUUCCUAAACUAAUUGAAGGAAACACAAUACAGAAGACAUUUGGAUAUAUUUCUUUGUGCCUCUUUGUGAUCGUGACUCUCUUGUCUUUUUCAACUGGACGGUCCGCCUUCUACCUUUGGUCAUUUAGCUCCAGUGUAAAACCAUUGUACGAGCGUGCGAAACCGAGUAUUGUAUGGGCCGAGGCCAACUGGACAUCUUCAAAAUUUGGUCCAGAAGACACAUGGUGCUUCUGGAAGGAUGGUGCUGAUGGAUUUGUUCCGCAGGUCGGACCAUAUACCGAUGUUGAAUACAGGGUAGGUAAGUAUGUCUAG